CGGGAUGUAAGGAGGAAUGGCGACGGUCGAGACGGUUUUGGAGGCCAGAGUUGAGAUGAAUGUGGACCAAACAGAAGCCGAACACAGGUCUCAAUCCCUUCUGUUCCAGCUAAACUGUCAGUGACAGAGAGUCCCAAAGAUGGAAACAGAAGUAACGGCGUCGUCGUCCUCGUCGAACGUUGUCUCGUCCUCCGCUCCCCAGACCUUCACCGCUCAGGCCAACCUGGCAGCAAAGCAGAGAGAUGGCAAAAAGACCACAGCCGCCACUCCCGCCUUCCUCUCCAACCUGGGGAGGGCCACCCUGAGAGGGAUUCGCAAGUGUCCGCAGUGUGGCGUCUAUAACGGCACCCGGGGGCUCAGCUGCAAGAACAAAGCGUGCGGGAUUACCCUCAGAAAUGCGUCUGCGGCAGCGGGCAGGAGCAGCAGGAAAUGUGCGGUGGACGUGGUGAGGGUGAUAAUAGACAGUGAGGAAAGAAUGGAGAAAGAGCGUGAAGGUGUGGGAGGAGGAGGAGGAGGAGGAGGUCUGGGUGGAGGCUCAGCUACAGGAGUGCAGGUGUUCUCGGUGUGUCACAGAGGAAGAGGAGCCACAGCCACGCAGUUGGGCUUCGUUGAACUUGUCCCCACAGACACGGCCAUAGCGACAGGUGACGGCGCUACCCUGCUGACCCGCAUCAACCUGGGACGCUGCUUUUUGUCGUCGUGCAGGCAGGGUCAACGGUCACAUCAGGGCGAGACCGAAUCAGGGGCGGCGGGCUCGAAACAGUCCUCAGACAGCCUCUGCGUCCACAUCAAGCAGGCGAUAGAGUGUCGGAGCUGCUCCACGCCGCUGACCUUAAAGAGCUCUGUCCUGGAGGGUCUGCAGGCCUCCCUUCAAGCCAGGAAGGAGCUGUGGAGGCUGGCCACGGAGUCCCCGGGCCCCCUGGUGCAGCGCGUCGCAAAAGACACCCUGGUGGUGAAGUGCCACGUAGAUUCCCAGCAUCCUCUGGGGCUGCUGCAUCUCACCGUGGGUGCGGGUGGACUGUCUGAGGGUUUAAAGCGCGAGAGAAAGGGCAGAGAGCAGCAGCAUGAUGGCGUCUUCCACUGUGCCUGUCAGGUCAGCAGCAGCAGCAGGAAGAGCAAACAUGGUGUCGAUCCUGCAGGUGGGUCCACCAACUCUCAUCCUCCGUCUCUCGGCCCGGUCACGUCACAACCCUGCCUGCACUUCUACGCCUGUGUGUGCGCCUUUGCAAGCGAUGAGGAACUGGCGUCAGAGUUCACCGCGUUCAUCAAGUACACCCCCAGUGGUGUGCAGCACAACGCUACCUGUAGAGUAGUGAGUCCCGGUGAGAAGCCUCUGCAACAGGCCGACCCGCUCAACGCUCGCCUCAAGACAAAGAAGCUUCGCCUGGAUGAGCCUCUCUCUGGGAGCUCGCAGCUCGUGGAUGAGCGGAUGGUGACGAUGGGCUUCCAGCAGUGGCUGGCCGGCGUCACAGAGAGGAUCCACCAGACGAUGCACUACCAGUUCGAUGGGAAACCAGAACCUCUGGUGUACCACAUACCUCAGGAGUUCUUCAACGCUCUGCAGCAGCGGCUGUCGCUGGGCUCCAAGAAGAGGAGGCUGCCCAACUUCACAACAGCGUUUGUGAGGAAUGACGGACUUCCUCUCGGCUCUUUCUCUAAGUACACCUGGCACAUCACCAACCUCAUGCAAGUCAAACGCAUCUUUGACUCCUCGGAGCUGCCUCUCGAGCUCUUUCAGAGUUUUGUAAAGAACGCUGACGGCUCUUAUUCAAGUUUCCGCUGCCCCGAGCCUCCGCCUGAACCAGAACCACCAGAGGGACACAGGACAGAUCGGCCGCAGGCCAUACGGCCGAUGGAGCUCCGCACCUUCCUCAAAGUCGGACCAGCGGAUCAGAAGGAGGCCGCUCCGUUCGUGAUCGAGUGGAUCCCGGACGUGCUCCCUCGCUGUCGCAUGGGAGAGCUCAGGAUCGGCUUCGAGUUCGGCCACCAGCAGAGCGGUCAGCCAGAGAACUGUGAGAAAACGAGUGCGGCGGAGGCGGAGAAGGGAGGCCGUUGAAAUCCUUCAGCUGGUCGUCUAACGACAGUAACACUAAUCCGUUGUAACUGCCUCUGUGGAGGACAGAUAUGGAUUCAUAUGCCUCAGUCUGUGACUUACCCCAUGUGUCAUUGUUGUAUUAUGCAAGAUAAUCAAUUGCCAUGUGAAUUACCCAGUGUCAUAUUGAUCAGUAUUUUUUACACAAUCACGUCAGUAGCGCUCAUCAUGAUGCCUUUGACUCACUGCUAAAUAUCCAUAUUUAUUUGCUGUUUUAGUGACUAAUUCCAGCAAUUAGCAACUCGGCCAUGUUUGUUCUUACGAGCUUCAGUGAGGAGAUUCCAGGCUGAUUGGCUGUUGGGUGAGGCGUUCUGUUUAUGGAUUGAUUACCUUUUGUAUUUUAUGCAAACCUGUGCAGCGAUAUGAGGACUGGCUGCCCAGUGAAUACAAUCAUGUGAUCUCCCCGUCACCCAUGCAUCGUCUGUUGCACCUGUGCCCCACAUAGAAUAUACCUGCCUCACUCAUCCAGAGAUCAGAUAGGCUCCCAGUGUCAACCAGACAUACUGUACAUACACAGACAUGAGUCAUGGCUCCUACACAAAUACAAAACAGACAAUAAAAGAAGUAUAUUUUUGUAUUUUCUUCUCGAGACAGAUCAUAUAACCAGUAAAAAUUUAAAUAAUAUGAACUCUUUGUAAACGUGCGUAAGUGUUCCUCACAACGGGUAAACGUGUUGGUUCAUUUGGGAAAAUAAAG